AUGCAAAAAAUAUUACUUCCGUCUUGUAAAUUAUAUUAUAAAUUUAUAUCCAAAUUAAGCUUUAAGCAAUAUCGAUGUAUUCAUGCUAAAGCUAUUUUUGAGAACACAAAUUGGAUUAAAAAUAAUAUUCAUCUAAGUAAAGCAGUACGAUCGGAAUCAGGCAUAAAAUCUAAAACUAUCCCAAUUACGCUGAAUAAAAAAUAUUUGAAACCCACUAGUAUAUAUAUUAAGGACCAAUCCUUCAAAGAAUUAUUAGAUUCAGGUUUAUCUAAUAUUUAUAACGAACAUAUUGUUGGCUGUCCUAAGAAGGAAAGAGAAUUUAAAAAUAAAGCAUGGGGAAAACUUCGAAGUUAUUUAUACAACCAAUUAAAUGUAAAGACAUUAAACACUCCAUCUGAAUUUGUAAUGGAUUUAUUUAAAGUAAUUGAUAUUAAAGAACCAGAUACUUUACUUUUACAAUUAUUGAAUAUGCAUAAAAUUGAAGACAACGUUUGGGUCAAUAUUUUAGGCAUUGAUAAUAAAUCAAUUACUUCCAAUUUAAAAUGCCAAUAUAUUUUAAAUGGGAUGUAUAAUUUUAUUUAUAAUCAAGAAAUUAUUCCAAAUUGUGAACCAGCUAUUGACACAGAUAUUGAUAUUUCUAAUCCUGCAGAAUGGUUUCCUGAAGCUAGAAAAUUAAAGCGUACAAUUGUUUUACAUCUUGGUCCUACUAACUCUGGUAAGACGUAUAGAGCAUUACAAACAUUGAAAUCUUCUGGUAAUGGCUAUUAUGCCGGUCCCUUGCGUUUACUUGCACGAGAAGUAUAUGAUAGAUUCAAAGCUGAAGGGUUUAGAUGUAAUUUGUUGACUGGUGAAGAAGUCAUUCAAGAUUUGGAUAAGAUGGGUAAUCCAGCAGGCAUUACAUCAGGUACUAUUGAGAUGGUUCCCUUACAUCGGAAUUUCGAUAUUGCUGUAUUUGAUGAAAUACAAAUGAUGGCAGAUCCUGAUCGUGGUUGGGCAUGGACUAUUGCAUUAUUGGGUGUACAAGCUAGAGAAGUUCAUCUAUGUGGUGAAAAGAGUGCCUUACCAUUACUAAAGGAACUUGUUAAAAUGACUGGAGACAAUUUGGUGAUUAAUGAAUAUGAAAGAUUAGGUAAAUUAACUGUGGAAAAAAAUCCACUUAAUAAUAACUUUGCAUUAUUAGAAAAAGGGGAUUGUAUUGUUGCCUUUUCUAAAAAAAAAAUUCUGGAUUUAAAAUUAGAAAUUGAAAAACGUACCAAGCUAAAAGUUGCAGUAGUUUAUGGAUCAUUACCACCUGAGACGAGAAUUCAACAAGCCAAUUUAUUUAAUUCUGGGACUUAUGAUGUAGUAGUGGCUAGUGAUGCUAUUGGUAUGGGAUUAAAUUUAGCUAUUCGAAGAGUUGUUUUUACCACAAAUAUGAAAUUCAAUGGUAAAGAAAUGGAAUCAUUAACAUCAUCUAAUAUUAAACAAAUUGGUGGUAGAGCAGGACGUUUCAAAGCGGAUUGUAAUAAAGAAGACAUUAGAGGGUAUAUUACAGCUACAGAUCGAUAUGUUUUAGCCUCUGUUAAUAAUGGUAUUGAAGCACCUAUUGAAUACUUAACGGCAUGCUGUAUUUGGCCUACUGAUGAAAUUUGUAAUAAUAUUAUGAAACAAUUACCUUCUGGUACUUUAAUGAGUGAAUUAUUUGAAAAAAUAUCUAUUUUAUUGGAUAAAAAAUAUAAUAAAUUUUUCAAAUUAUCAGAUUUAUCUAACAAAUUGAAAGUUAUUAAAACUAUGGAAAAAUUAAAUAAUAUUUCAUUUAGUGAAAAAUUGAGAUUAUGUAAUGCGCCAAUGAAAGAUUUCCCGUUGACUAAAGAUGCUUUUAAAUUAUUUUGUGAAACAAUUUCUAGGGGGGAAACCAAGAGUAUCUUAUCGUACCCAUUACCAUUUAAGAUUUUGACUUACGAUAAGAUCAAUGAUGAUAAGGAUAAAGAGUAUUCUUUGGAACAAUAUGAAGCGAUGUAUAGCAUAUUUACGUUAUAUUCAUGGUUACACAACCGGUACCCUAAUUAUUUUAUUGAUAUUGAAUCGGUGAAUGAGAUGAGAUUAUUUUGUGAGAUGAUUAUCUUUGCUAAAUUGGAUAAUUUAAAGAAGAAUCCUUAUAAUAAAUUUAUGAAUUUUAAGAAGACUUUGUUUAAUAGAAGAUAUUUUAAUAAUGAUGAUAGAAAUCAAUAUUAUAUACCGAAUAAGGAUAUUAAAUAUAGAAGGUUUCAAAGAGUAAAGAAGAUAUCAACAAAGUAA